AUGAAAGAAGAUAACCUACAAAGAAAGAUUAAUUCAUUUCAAUCACAUCAAAGAAGAGUACCUCGUAUUGAUCGAAAUGUUGUUAAAAAUUUAUCGUCUCGUAUUUUGUCACAUGAUGAAACCGAUUGCCUCGCCCAUGGAUUAGAUUAUGGUCUUGUUCCUAAAAAAACUGAUGAUAUGAAUAUUGUUAGUAAUAUUGAAAAUUUCUUUCAUCGAAUAACUGAUAUUUCUCAACAUCAUAAAAUGCUGAUGUCUGAAGUUACUAAUAAAGAUACAGUUGAUGGUUCUGAUGUUCGUGUUCUUGAUUCAAAAGAAAUGACUUUGGCGAGCAGUUUUCGUUCUAUUACUGACUCAUUUCGUCAUCAAGCUUAUCGUUUUGCACAAUUACAGAAUAGAAUUAAUACUGAACAGCAAAAAUAUCGUCAUGUAUUAAAGAACUUAAAAGAAGAUAAAUCGAUCGUUGUUACUCGCCCAGAUAAAGGCAAAGGUUUUACUAUACGACAAGAACGUCGAUAUCGAGUUGCCGAUAUUGAUAUUAUCAAAACAAUAUUAUUUGUUAAAUGUCACUAA